AUGCUGGGAGAGAGCCCUGCCGCCGCCCGGCCGCUCCUGCGGGCGGGACCCCCGCUGGCGCUCUGCUACACCUCGGCCCUCCUGGUGCUCGCCCUCUCCGCGCUGCCCGCCGGCCGCGCCUCUCAUCCCUUGCCCGGCUCCGAGUGCCAGGGCGGCGGCAAGGGGAAAGGCAUCAACUGCUCAGAGUUAAAUGUAAGGGAGUCUGACGUAAGAGUGUGUGAUGAAUCGUCGUGUAAAUACGGAGGAGUGUGCAAGGAAGAGGGCGAUGGCUUGAAAUGUGCGUGUCAGUUCCAGUGUCACACAAACUAUAUUCCAGUUUGUGGAUCAAAUGGAGACACUUACCAAAAUGAAUGCUUCCUCAGGAGAGCUGCUUGCAAGCACCAGAAAGAGAUAACAAUGGUAUCAAGAGGACCUUGUUAUUCUGAUAAUGGCUCUGGGUCAGGAGAAGGAGAGUAUGAAGGAUCUGGGACAGAAGUUCAGAGAAAACACUCAAAAUGUGGAGUUUGCAAAUAUAGGGCUGAGUGUGAUGAAGAUGCAGAGAAUGUUGGGUGUGUAUGUAACAUAGACUGCAGUGGAUACAGUUUUAAUCCUGUAUGUGCUUCUGAUGGAAGUUCCUAUAACAAUCCCUGCUUUGUCAGAGAGGCAUCAUGUCUGAGGCAAGAGCAGAUUGACAUCAGACACCUUGGGCACUGCUCAGAAACAGAUGACACAAAUGCAGUUGGAAAGAAAGAUGAUGGCAUGCAGUACCGACCAGAAGUGAAAGACGCCAGUGAUCAAAGAGAAGACAUUUACAUUGGAAACCACAUACCUUGUUCAGAAAGCUUCAAUGGUUACUGUAUACAUGGAAAAUGUGAAUUCAUUUAUUCCACUCAGAAGGCUUCCUGCCGGUGUGAAUCAGGAUAUACUGGACAGCACUGUGAAAAGACAGACUUUAGUAUUCUUUAUGUUGUCCCAAGUAGACAAAAGCUUACGCAUGUCCUUAUUGCAGCAAUAAUUGGAGCUGUACAGAUUGCCAUUAUAGUUGCAAUUGUCAUGUGCAUAACCAGAAAAUGCCCCAAAAACAAUAGAGGACGUCGGCAGAAGCAAAACCUAGGCCAUUUUACUUCAGAUACAUCAUCCAGAAUGGUUUAACUUAGUGCUUUUUAUACCUACAUUGACCAUGUGAUGUACAUUUUUAUUAUAUCUUUUUUUAAAGAAUGGAAAUAUUUAUUUCAGAGGCCUUAUUUUUGAACAUUUUUAGUGUAACAAUGUUGGUCUGUAUUCUGAAAGCAUCAGCUCUAACAGCUAUGGACUGUUUUAGUAUCUUCGCUUUUAUGUUUUUGAAUACAGUAGUUCAUUUUCUGUAUCUGUAUCACAUGGUUAUAUAAUAGACUUGUGCUUUAUCCAUGGAAUGUAAUAUUUUUGGGAACACAGAUUUAUUCCAAUAAUGGUUGUAGACUUAAAAAACCCCCAACAAACCAACAAAAUAAGUCCACAUUACCUAACAAACAAGGCAUGAACUAAAGGUAAAAAUGUUUACAGCUUACUUUUCUUAUGAGGAACUAGAAAACACUGUGUUUAAAUACCGUAGAUAUUUAAAUGUUUUUGGAAGUUAGUAACUGAUUUUUUAGACACUGCCUAUCGCAUGAACUGUGAAGCUGUGUGCUGUGUGUAGUUGUAACAUAUUUAUAAAAUGUGUGGGCUGGGUCUAAACACUGCCAUCUUCAUAAAUAAUUCCAACAAUUUAUUUUUAAAGAUGAAAAUUAUAAAUUUCAUAAUUUGGGAAGUUACCUGGUAGAACAGAUGGCACAGGUCCAAAAGAAGUAGGUCUUAGUAGAUUUAGGCAUUGUAAAAAUUGGUGUUGAAUAAUUGAACACAAAUAAUUGGAAUAAAGCCUACUUUAUCACUAUUAAAACUGUUUUAAUACUUCUUAAACUUUUUUAAAGAAAAUACAUGUUUUAACACCUACAAUACAGAUUGUAUAGUGUUUGUGAUUAAAAUUUAAAAAAAAAUAAAAGUGAAUGAAUUACUAGUGCUCUUGUAUAGAGUAUUUUCAAGAGCUAAAGAAGUUCCAUCCAAAUUAGUCUGCUGGUCAUAGUUAUAUUAAUAGACUGUUAGUUGUCGUUUGAAAGAUCCCAAGAUAAAGUGUGAAUAGGAUGUGUUCAGCUGUUUUAACAUGUAGUGUAGGCUUUCAGAAUUUUGCAUGUAGGAUUUAAUAAUUUGUUCAAUAAAAAAAAAGAAAAUGCUUUCAA